GAGGUGCUGCCCAGGCAAGCGUACCCUGUCAGUACAAUGCAUAGCGUGGGAGAGAGAGUACGGGUCAGUACGGGGCCCGGGAAAUCUUGCCGAGGGCUCAUUCUUUGCGUCGGGAGCACAGAAGAGGGAAACCCCACGUACGACGUGCUGCUCCAAUCACCAGAUCCGACCUCCACCGCCAUCGCCACCGCUUCCUCGCCAUCGAGCAUCACCGCCGACGCCCGCCAAGAAGAAGAUGCCACCGAGAGAGAGCUGACAGGACUGUCGGCCUCGAGCCUAUCAACGUUGCAGCCGUUCGAGCUCGACCAGAGCACGGAGGAUAUCCAAGCGGUGGCCGAGGCGGAGGUCGUGUUGGCGGCCGAAAGACUCAAGGACGGCGGGAACACUUUGUUCAAGCUGGGAGAUACGGAUGCCGCUGCGGAGAUGUUCGCCCGAGUGCUGAGGACUCUUGAGCGGGCACCAGUUGUCGGCGCAACCGUGCUCGUGAGAGUUCCUAACGGGGCCACCUCCACUUGCUACCGUUCCGGGAUGGUUUCCGACGCGAACGAGGAUGAUGGUCCGUGUCCGACAUACGACGUCAUCUACGAUGAAACAGCAGUCAAGAGCGCCGCCGGUGGCAACGAGGAGCAGCAAGAAGGGGAGGAAGAAGACGACGAGGAAGACGGCGUCUCGCCUGACAGGGUGCUGGGCGUGCCGCUAUCUCCGUGUGUCUGGUGCGCCGCAAGGCUUAACCUGGCGCGCUGCUCUUUCAGGAGAGGGAGGCACGAAGAGGUUGUGGAGGCGUGCACGCUGGUGCUGAGCUUAGCGAGGCUCACGAUGGGCCAGAAGAAACGGCCCCGGGAGGAGAGAGCCAAGCUUCGGGCGCACUGCCUAACGGCCCUACGCAUGAGGGGCGGCAGUCACCUCGCGCAGCACCACGUGGGCCAGGCUCGAAAAGAUGCCAGGAGCAUGGUGCGCUCGUCCGGAGACGAAGAAAGCAGGGCGCAGGCGACGCGGUUCGAGGCCGAGGUCGAACGGAAAGCGAAAACGCUUCUCAAGACCAACCGCAAGCUCGCGAAGGACGUCACCCGGUGGGUGGAUGCUAGCAUGGCCAAACACGAAGAGGGGUGUCUGAAAACAGUGGACGAAGCGCCCCCCCCCCCCCCGGCGCCUCGAUCGGGCGAAGGACGGGGCGAUGGUGGUGUGGAGGAGUCCCAAGGGGGGCCGGCGGAGCGCCGGAGACGGACGCCAUCCCCCCAAGGGCUGGUUGGGGGUGGAGAGACGUAUGGCCAGGGGAGACGGCGGACAAGGAGAAGGUGGCCAGGGAAACUGUGGCCAGGAGAAGGGUGGUGCCAUUUCCAAUUAUAA